GACCAGGCUCGGGCGAUAGAAGAGUGCAGCUGCCGUCUCUCUCCCGACCUAUAGCUAUAGCUAACGCUGCAAGCGUAGGUGACAUGGCUUCAAAAUUCGAUCCUGAUGGAAGUUUUCAAUCGCGCAAUCAAGGUAGCACAAGUAGCGACGUGAGCUGCCACAGCUCCGAGAACAGCGACGAAACACAUCAGAGACAUGGCAAAAGGAAGAGCUCUAGCAAAAAAGAGGAGAAACGUUCGCGCGACAAGUCCAUGGAGAAUGUGCCGACCGUUGUUAAAUCUUUGAUGGAAUACUCUGAUGUGAGUAGCGAAGAUCUGUCCGAGCCGAAACCCGACAAGAUACAAUUGGAGGAUAGCCGCGGCAAUAAUUACAUAGACGGUGAAAUAUCUGAACCACUUCUUCAAAGGCAAUAUUAUGAUGAUAUUUACACUACCAUCGCAGUGUCGCCGUCGCUUCCACAUCGACACUCUAGCAGGCCGUCACGGAAAAGAGACUUCAGUCCUGCUUCAGCUAGACUCAGACAUAGUACAAGAAGUCCCGUCAGACAACGCGAAUUCAGCCCGAGUUCUGUAAGUCACAGGCGACGAACAGAGACGACUACCUUUCCACCGUCUAAACGCAGAAGACGAGAGGACUCUGAUCGACGUCAUAGACAUCACGAGAAGGAUAGGAGAGACAAGCGAAGGCCAUCAAGCAUCACCGCCCGAAAUCUCAGAAUACAAGAACUGAAGAUCAGUAAGAAUAGCCUAGCGGCGGAGAUGAUGAAGAACGAGAACUUGAGCGAAUUUGUGUACGAGAAAUUGCGAGCCGCGAGGAAGAAGGCCGCGAGGAAGAAGGCCGUCACCCAAGACGAUGUGCAGAUCAUAGAGGACCCUGAGGAGAAAGACGGCAAUAACGUGUCUACUGAAAACAGGUCACAUUUCAGGUCUCUUUCCCGAUCACGGUCUCGUAGUCCUGGUACUCCGAAGAAAUCGCAUUCAUCCAGCAAAACCCACAAGUCGACAAGGAAACAUAAGUCAAAGAGCCCGAGAAUAUCUUCUCCUUCCACUCAAAGAUCCAGAAUCAUAAGUUCGUCAAGCAUCACCGCCCGAAAUCUCAGAGUACAAGAACUGAAGAUCAGUAAGAACAGUUUAGCCGCGGAGAUGAUGAAGAACGAGAACUUGUACGGACAGGCUCUUCUUGUGUACGAGAAAUUGCAAGCCGCGAGGGAGAAGGCCGUCACCCAAGACAAUGUGCAGAUCAUAGAGGACCUUAAGGAGAAAGACGGCAGUAACGCGUGUAUUGAAAACAAGGCUUCCAAUGGUAAUAAGGACAAACCAGUGAAUCACAAGGACCAGCCCGCUAAGCUCGGCAAUGAAGACACGGUCAAGUCUGUCGACGUCGUCGACAUUCCCCUGCCGAUGAGCGAUGACAAUAGUCUGGCUGGCGAAACGCCGCCGUUAUCAGCCAGCCAGCCAGUGAUACCGCCGGCGCCGACAAUUGCAUCAAAUUUGACUUCCAACGUGAUUGUACAUACCUCGCCCACCUUGUUUGCGGUAGCUACCAAUUGCCCGAUCGCACUCUCCCAAAUCCCGCUUCCUGUGUCGGCGCUGAAUUUGAUCAUGUCCAAGUUCAAUACUCCCAACAAUCUGGUGCCCCUCAAAUCGUUGGAUUCACCCAAUACUUCAAAAGUAGCCUUUGAGGCGGAAAAUUCGUUCAAUUUUUCAUUUGGAAUCAAUCUGAACGACUUGAAGAGCAUUAAUUUCUCGUCGAGUCCUUAUAUUUCGCCUAGUAAGACGCAAAUGAAGCUCCCAACUUCGACGUCGAAGCUGCCGCAGAAGAGGAGCAUUAAGGAUCAGUCGAUGAUACCAGUUGUGCCUGGAUCAAAUGACCUAAGCAGCGAGAACGAUCCAAACGCGAUUCUACCGCACUUGAAGAUGGAACGAAUGAUACCGGAGCCAAAGAGACCGAAAGUAAUAGGUCGACCAAAAUGUCAUACUCCCACAUCAGUCUCCGGUGGCAAAGAUUGGGGUCAACGCUGUGUGGAUGUAUUCGAUAUUAUCACAAAGGUCGGACAGGGUACUUACGGACAAGUAUACAGAGCGCGAGAUAAGUGCUCUAGCGAGCUUGUAGCUUUGAAGAAAUUCUGGUCGGAAAAUAAGAAAGAGGGCGUCUCUAUUACGUCGAUCAGAGAAAUCAAGAUUCUACGUCAUCUAAAUCACAAAAACAUCAUUAAUCUUAGGGAAGUUGUCACCGAUAAGCAAAAUGCACUGGGCUCCCGAAAGGAUAAAAGUAUCUUUUAUUUAGUUUUCGACUGCAUGGACUACGAUCUAAUGGCUCUUUUGGAAUCUGGAAUGGUGAAUUUUAACGAGAUGAAUAACGCCAGUAUUAUGAAGCAGUUACUAGAUGGUUUAAAUUACUGCCACAGCAAGAAUUAUUUGCACAGAGACAUCAAAUGCGCGAACAUACUGAUGAAUAAGAAAGGCGAAGUUAAACUGGCUGAUUUUGGAUUGGCGCGUGUUUAUAACGCGGAGGACAAAGAAAGACGAUAUACUAACAAGGUGGUUACUCUGUGGUAUAGAUCUCCUGAACUGUUGUUGGGAGAGGAACGUUAUGGACCUGCAAUCGAUGUAUGGAGUUGCGGAUGUAUAUUAGGAGAGUUGUUUUGGAAGAAGCCUUUAUUCCAGGGCAACGCAGAAAUAAUGCAGCUAGAAUUGAUUUCGAGAGUUUGCGCACCUACUGAAGCUGUUUGGCCUUCUGUGACAAAAUUACCACAUUGGAAAAUAUUUAACCCAAGAAUGGUACAUGGAAGACGUUUGAGGGAGGAUUUCUCAUUUAUGCCAGACCCAGCUUUAAAUCUCCUGGAUAAAAUGUUGGAAUUAGAUCCCGGGAAGCGAAUAACAACAGCGGACGCACUCAAAAGUGCUUGGCUGGAAAACAUUCAACCUGAACAAAUUCCAGCGAUGAAGCUUCCUACCUGGCAGAAUUGCCACCAACAUUGGUGGAAAAAACAAAAACCCUUGUUAAAAAAGUAACAAGAUAAGAAAAAGUUACAAGAUUUGUACAGUAGU